AUGAUAGAAGAUGACUCUGAAUAUUAUUAUGAUAAUGAUUUUAACAUAGAAGCUGUGGAAAAUUCAGUAGUUUUAUCUGAAACUUCUUGUUUACUAGAAACUAAUAAGUCUAGUAUUCAGCUCAUGCCCUAUCUUUCUACAACAUCUUUAAAAUAUAUUUUUGUUUUAGCCCAAAAACCUAAAAAGAAGUAUAAAUAUAAAGAGCCAUCAUUUACUCAUAAAUACUUUAAAAUGAUAGUUAAUAAAAAUGAUGAAGAUGACAAAAAAUAUGGCACAGAAUAUAAAAAUAUAGAAAGUUCAACAAGAAACCUUAUUACAUACCUUAGAGAUAGCUAUGAGAUCUUAGAUGACAAAAAUAUAAAAAAGCUACAAAAUUUCAAAAUUACUGAUUUUGUACAAAAAGUUCAUUCUUAUCCUCCCUACAUUCAAAAACAAUAUGAAGAAAUUAUACUAAAUUUCAAAAUUAAAGAUGUAAUAUUAGAAAAUAAAUAUGUUUCCUCUUCAUAUAGUGGUCAAGUCAUUGUGGAUGAGCUUCAUAAAUGUAUUAAAGCUUGGAAUCACAGAUGUAGAAGAAUUAAACGUCUCUCAUGUAUAGCUCAUACUCUUCAAUUAGUGAUUGGAAAGGGACUAAUACUAGCAGAAGUUCUAGUUAUACAUGCAAGGAG